AAUCUAUUAGAGUUGUAUUAUGUCACCAAACGAAACACUGGGAGUAUGCCAUAUAGCAAAUCAAUCUGUUUUACAGACCUAAUGCGACAUCCGUCGGCCAAGCGAAUAUUCACUGCGGAUCAGUGUGAUAGCAAAUGAUUUGUUGAACAAGACUAUUCGCCAGGAAGUCGAUACAUUAAUUAUCUCCCCUUGUAUUACCCUGGAAACGCGUCCAAUAUGGCUACGAAUGGUAAAGAUGAAUCUGUACUCAAUGCCAGUUUAAAGGUUAACUCAGUUAUGUCAAGUGAAGGGGGUGAAUUAGAAAACCACCAAGCAAGUGUAGAUAUUCUUACACUGCUAACCCAAGAGCAAUCUCCAAGAAUAAUGGAAACCGAAGAAAAUGACCUUAUGUUAGGCAGUGAAACUGAAGAAGAACCCGAAAUCGAAAAUAUUGAGUUAUCACCCGGUGGCAUAUUAGAUGAAGAAACAAUAGGACGUGGUUUAUCUAAUCUUGGGAGGUCUGCAAAUGGAAUGCAUCAAGUUUAUCUUCAUCUCACUGUACCAGGUUUUCAGCUCAUAGACAUCAACAUUCUGCAAGAGUACACCCAUUUACAAAAGAUUGAACUGCCGCAUAACCAAUUAACAGAUUUAUCUGUUUUGGGCAACUUGCCUCAUCUCCUAAUAUUGGAUGUAUCUCAUAAUCUGUUAAAUACUAUGUUGGAUUUUGAGCCACCCAAAAAUUUACAGGAAGUGGAUCUAUCCUAUAAUGAAAUAGAAGUAAUGACUGACUUAUCAGCUCAUCAUUCUUUAAAGAAAUUGAACUUGAGUUAUAACAAAAUUAGACAAAUAGAUGGAUUACCACAAUGUAGAAGAUUAACCGAAUUAAAUUUAUCUCAUAAUAAAAUAGAAAAAAUACAAGGAUUAUCAGAGUUACCUAUUCAGCAUCUUAACUUGUCACACAAUAACAUUACGAAGAUAGAAAACAUAGAAUCUCUAAAACCACUGAGAGUGUUGGAUUUGUCUGGUAAUAAAGUACGUAGUCUAAAGGGUUUAGAAGAACAUGAUGUAUUAGAGAGUGUGGAUUUAGAGAGUAAUGAAGUUAUUGAUUUAAUUGAGAUAAAGUACUUGCAGAAUUUACGGAUGAUGCGGAAGUUAAAUUUACAACAUAACCCUAUAGAAGAACUACCUAAUUAUAGAUUAUGUAUUUUGUUUCGCCUACAGUCAUUGACUGAAUUAGAUCGACACAAAGUAGAAGUAGAAGAGAAGGUAGCUUCAAAAAACAUGUUUGAACCCCCGCCAGAGGUAGUGGCUGCCAGAGAUCAUGCCAUGCAUGUUGUCUAUUCGUUCUUACAACCAGCAAGAAUCUUGGAAAGUACAUUACCAAGUAAAGAAACUCCUUAUCCUAUGUUAGUGAUUGUUGGUCCACAAGGUUCAGGGAAAAAAGAUCUAGCAUUAAAACUGGUUGAGGAAUUUUCAGAUUUCUUUGGCUUUGGGAUAUCUCAUACAACCAGAAUUCCAUACAGUGGCGAAGUCGAUGGAGUUGAUUAUCAUUUCACUACUUUGGAAAAGUUUGAAAAUGAUAUUAAAUUGGGUAAAUUUGUACAGACUCAUCAGAUAAAUGGAGCUUGGUAUGGUUUACCCAUUGAGUCGAUACAGAAUGUAGCUAGAGAAGGACAGGCUUGUGUAGUUCACAUGGAGCUUGAAGGUGUUCUGACAUUAAAAAAUACCCAUUUUGAACCCCGCUAUGUAUUGAUGGUACCAAUGAACAAAGAAGCUCAUGAAAAACGAUUAAGAGACAGAGGAAUAUAUUCAGAGAAUCAGAUAUUGGAUUCGGUUAAGACAGGGGACGUUUAUAGUAAUUAUAAUCAGAAUCAUCCUGGAUUCUUUGAUAUGAUGAUAAACAGUGAAAAUAUACAGGAGGCUUAUAUUAGAUUACGGCAGUUGGUGAUGAAUUAUUUAGGUAUUAGUAGUUUAUCUCCAUCAACAGAAGUAGCAGGUGAAACAUCAUCUAGAUUAGAAGCUAUUGAUCACUUUCCACCUCCUACUACUACAUCUACGACUAAUCUAAUAACAAGAUCAUGGUCUAGACCUAGUAUCAGUGAAACACAAUCUAUACGGGCUCAACAGUCAUCAGCCAGUCGAGGAAUUGUAGAGGAAGAAUCAUUAAAACGAAGGCAGAGUGCAGCUAAAGAUGUUGUUGUGGGAUAUAUUCCUCCAUUGUAUGAACAAUUAUUAGAAAAAUGUCCAAGAACUGCUCCUCAGACAGUUGAAAGUCAGCUUGGUUUAGGUGAUGAAGGCCAAAGAGCAUGCUCAGCUCCAGCUCAUAAUAUUCCUGUCAGAAAAGGUCCACCUCGUAUGGAUUCUCCUGAUUCUAGUGAAAGUAAUAUAACAUCUUCAAAUCUCUCUGACCUGGAUUCUGCAACAGAUUUACAUGUAGAUCGUUCUCCUGAUGAUACAACUAGAGCUGUGGAGCCAAUUAUCCGUCCUUUAGAUCUAAUAGAAGAAGGGUACAGAUCGAGUUCUUCAACCAGAUUAAAUGCUCCCAGGCCACCAUCUGCUUCAAGACCAGAUUCACAGGGCUCACAACUUCUUAAUCGUCCUGGCUCUGAACGACAUAUGGUGCUACCUCCAAUACAACCAGUCAAUUAAAACAUUGAUCAUCUAAAUUUAUUUUAAUCAGUGGUACAUUAACCUGUGCACCAUUUAACUUAAAACAAAACUAAAGUAAAAAAAUGAGUGCAUAUUGUCGUCACAUUAAUCGUACAUUUUGUAUGUUUUAUGUAUAUCUCUCUUUUUUGGUGCUGUCAUCUUUUGUAUUAUAAUUUUAUCCUAUUUAUUUUUUACCCAUUGUGCGUCCUUCUCUUUUUAUUUGUUGUGCUAUCAUCUUUUGUAUUAUAUUUUUCAUGAAGAUCAGGAUGGUAGAAAGUCUUCUGCUGCCUAAUCCUUUACCCUUCUCAAAUAAAGCUAUUAUUAUUAUCAACUGUAUAUUAUGAUGUUUCACUAAACUCACACUUAAACUUAACAGGUGGUGACACAUACUAGGUCCACAAUCUCAAUAGGCCUACAUCACAGAUAGAUCUUUGAAGAUGAGAUUACUAAAGCAAUCACAUGUUCUCUCAGCCACUUCUUGUUUCAUCUACAUGAAGGAAAAAUCUCCUCUAUUAAAGGAAGACAGUUAGCUUAUGAUUCCAUUUAACAGAAUGAAGAAGAAACAGUUGCUGGUUUUUUUACCUGGACAUAUUUUCAUCUGUUUAUAUUUACUCCCGCUAAUGCUGUAUAAUCCCAAAAUGCCCUAGUUUGUAUUGAGUGGAUGUUAAACCCCAUUUUCUCACUAAUGCUGUGAGUGAAUGAAAUAAGUAAUAAAGUAAUUUUCCCAAUUAAGAACUGGUUAAAAAGUAGGUGAAUUAAACUAUCUCACAGAAUAGGGGUAUAUUCUUUGAAUGACAUUUAGUAAUUGGAACAUAAUCAAAUAAAACAUAAUUUAUGAAUAACCAUUUAUUUCACUGGGACGUUUCAACAAGGUUUCGUUUCAACAAGGUUUCACAAGUCGUUAUCAAGCAUAUAUCAACACAAAUGAAUAUAGGGAAAUACAUGUAUAUAUUCUUAAAUACAUUUUUAUACAAAACUAUUACAGAUAAUCAAAUAUUUGUUUUUUUGUUUAAUUGUCUCCAUAAUUUGACAGAUUGUGUUAUGAAAUAUAAGAAAUGCUAGUUGCAUUUUAAAUGGAUAGUCUGUUAUUAUGCUAGAAUAUGGUAUAGUCUUGGUAUUCAUACAAUCUAUUCUGAUUUUAAAAAAUAAGAUUCCCGGUACUUAUUAUAUAUUUAUUUGUUUAAAUUUUCAUGCUAUUGUUUUUUUCUUAAAUUUAGUCCCAAAUUUAUUGUCAAAAUACUUGUAUUUAUUGUUGUUUAAGAUUUAUGUUACAAAUGGAAUACAUCCAUAUCUUAAAUGAAGAAAUAUUUUGUAUUGAAAAAAAAAAGAACUAACAUGAAAUGAUUGAUUGAAAAAAACAGAUCACAAAUAUACUUUCUAUUGUAAAUAUGUUCAAAUUACCAAUUUACAUCUCUUUCUUUUUAGUGAUUAAUUAUUAGAUGAGAUUUGUUUGUUUCAAAAGAUUUUUUUUCAUGUUACUUAGUGUGUUUUUAUAAAUUAGAAAUUUACGUUAAUUUGAAUUUAAAAUACCGGUAGUCCUUUUUUUUUUUAAAUUGUGUGGUUGAUUUAUUAUAUCUUUCUCAUGGAUAUAUAGAAAAUACUAGUACUUGAUUUAUGUAGGGGACAGUCAACAGUAUUGAAAUUAUUAUUUAAAGACUUAGUAGUUUCCAUUAUAUUUUCAUACAGAGAGGUAUAUAUAUUAUUUUCAUUAUAUAUUGCAUAGACUACAUAUUUUAGUUUAUAUACUGCAUAUAUAUUAGUUUAUAUACUGCAUAUAGAAUGAAUAUUUUAGUUUAUAUUUUUUUUUUACAUUGCAUAUAGACUACCGGUACAUGUUUGUUUAUUUCUUGACUACAUAAAGACUACAUAGUUUUGUUUAUAUUUUUCCUUAUAUACUGACUGCAUACAUACUACAUAGUUUUCAUUAUAUUUGACAUUCUUUUCUCAUUCAAUAUUGAAUCAUUGAGAUUUAGUUUUUAUACAUUGAAAUCUGGUCGUAUAUUGUUGUCGGUCCGUCCAGUGUCCACAAUGCUUGUGGACACUCUAGAUUUAUACACAGUGGUUAUGGUCAUGAGACGAAGAAGCCUAUUGAUUUUCAAUGACUUCCGAUAAUUACUGCCAGAGUAAUUUGAAAAAUCUUGUGGACGUUCUAGGGACUAAAGUUAUUGCCGGAUUGACUUUUAAUUUAUACACAGUGUUUAAUUACUGCCAGAGUUAUGGCCCUUGAUCACUUUGAAAAAAUUGUUGUGGAUGAUCUAGAGGCUAAAUUUAAUGUCUGAUUGAUACACAGUGUUUAAUGUCAUGAGACGAAGAAGCCUAUGGAUUUUCAACAAUUUCCCUUAAAUCAUCACAUUUCUCCCAAAAUGACGAAUCUGAUUUAAGCAUUGGGAAUUAUGCAUUUGAAAUUUGCACUCGGUUGUUAUUUCUGUGGCCGUCAGAUAAUAUUUAUGUAAAUGGCAUUCCGUGUCAUGAUGUAUAUGUAUGAAAUAUUAAAUCACAAAUAAAUGUUAUUUCAAACGCAUAAUUCUCAAUACUUAAAAGAUACAUUAAGUAAGAUUUAGAUAAAGAGCUAACCAUUCUUGCUAUAAUAGCUCAAAAAUAGAUAAUGUAAAAUGAAGUAUUGAAAAUUUCAUUCAAACUACAUCAUUCUGAGCCAAGUCAUUACUGUUUGUAAUUUUGACAAGAUGUGUGCAUAGUGGUGACCAGGGCACUGGUAUAUUUGAGACUUAGCCUCGCUUUCCCAUUUUUAAAUUAAAUUUUUAACUGGUGAACUGUUUUAAUCUAGUUAAAAUCUCGAGUAUCUGAUGCCAUCGAGAGUUGAUUAUGGUCUUGUUUUGUUAAUAAAUGUCUAAUUACCGGUAAUAGUUUAUAUAACAUUUCAGGCAUGAAGAAAGACCUGCAAUAGGCAGAUUUAGCUCUUGCAUAAUCUAUGUUUAAAUAUAUCAGAUUCCUCGGUUUGCAAGAACUGUGACAGAUUUCUGCCAGAGUUAUGAACCUUGGGCCUUAACCUCUUUGAAUAUUCUUGUUCACAGACAAAAGUUAUCAUCCGAUUGACAUUAUACACAGUGUUAACAGUCAUGAAACAACAGAGUCUAUUGACUUCCGAUAACUUGAACAGGAAAAUUCAUAAUAUUAAAUGGUUUGUAUACUAAACAUUAGCAUGUGGCAGAACUAGAAACCAAACAAAAUUCUAAUGAUUUCUGAUAAUUACUUCAUGUAAUGUUACUCUAAAUCAGUUUCUAGUGUGCUGUAAAUGUUUUCAUUUAACCGAGAAAAGAAAAAAUAUGUGACAACCCUUGUUGACUGCCCAGACUACUUAGCUGCUGUGGGCGUAUGUUUAGUUGCCUGGCAACCUAUCUUUAACUCCUUUUAUUUAACUGUUUUAUACUACUAUUACAUCUGGCAACCUAUCUUUAACUUCUUUUAUUUAACUGUUUUAUACUACUAUUACAUCUAUAUGUAUUAUUGAUAUAUAGCAUAUAUUUUGUUCAUAGUAUAUAUACUUGGGAUCAAUAAACAAAAUUUAAUCAAUUGGAA